AUGCCAAAUUUAUAUGAAUUAAUUAUUGAUAUAUUUUGUUUUAAUGAAAAUCAUAAAAAUCGAAUUUUAUAUGGUCAUCUAUGGGAAAAAAUUAUUCGUCAUAAUCUACCUAAUCUUCAAAUAUUUCGAUUUCGAAUGCAAUUUAAUUUAAUUGAUGAGAAGAAUUAUGAACAACGAAUAGAUGAAAUAAUUAAUUCAUUUCGAAGUUUAUUUUGGCUUGAAGAACAUAAAUGGUGUUUAUUCGAUGUUAUUGAAAUCCAAAUAAUAUUUUUAGUUCGAUUCAUUUAUAUACAUUACCAUAUUGUUUUAAUUAUUUUCGUUUUAAUUAUUCAAUUAAAUUUAAAUCAACGAUUCCUAAUAAUAAUGAAUAUAUGA